UAUUAAUAUUUUACAUAAAUACAAAUUAAAUCAUUGACAAGUGCUUUGUGCGUUUAUCAUGAGGUCAUGUUUUUAAUUUUAUUUAAAACUUGAAACAACUUGACCUUGAGUUGUCAAAACCGGACAAAGAACUUACUAUAUGUAGUACACAGAAGACUUUUGAGAAUUCCUACAUUAUGUUUUCUAACUUUCUUGUAAUGACCUAUCUUACAAUUAUGUACCACUAAAGAAAAGUUUUUAAAAAAGAAUUUACCAUAGUAAUUUCUUAACUUGUAUACUUUUAUACCACCUCUGUUUUAACCAACUCCCGUCAGUGGAAAUCAGCCUGGCUUUGGGCACUAGGUAACUUUCACCCUUUCAAAAACUGUUUCGUUGGUGUGACUUCUAAAUUCUCCCAUAACUUCUCAAUGAUGACCUGCUUCCUCAGUCGUUUCCUGGGCCUGGGCAGGUGCGGCCUGCAUGUGCUUCAAAGGUGGCUAAUCCACUUAAACCAUUGCACGUUGGCCCUGGCCACUCUCGACCUGGUCUGCAUUGUGUGCCUGCUCCACUACCAACUCGUGCGACACGGCAGGGACCUAUUCUUUUGGCGCGAGGAGUUAAGCCAGCGGCUCGUGGAGUACGUGCUCUCUGGGAUUGUGCUGAUGGCAACCGUGAGUGUUCUGGGCUCUUGUGUGGACGCCACCAUCUUCUCUGCCCUGGUUCGCCGGCAAAUGAGUCGAUACGAUAUGCCCCGGCAGCAUUUCGAAGAACGUUACCGACGGUUCGUGUUCAUGCGGUUGGUCAGGCAUUUGGAAAAGGCCCUCAAGGUGCAGGCCAAGCAUUCGGAGAUGGGCGACAAGAUGAUGACGCCCCUCGAAAAUCUUUCCGAAGCUCAGGAGCUGAUCAGGGAGGCAAUCGACGAGUUUCGCACUGCAGUGCGGGUUCUACUGUGGCCCAAUCGAUCCGACCUGCUGGCGGAGGCCUUUGUCCUCUUCCACAUCAGCGAAUCUCAACUUUCAGAGCUGGCACUCCAAGGCUACAAGCUAAACGAUGUGGAGGGUCCGGACAUGGCCAAUGCGCGACUAAGUCAUAUGCUGAACCCACCUUGGUAUUAA